UGUGAUGGACUCAAAAAAAGACCGACUCUCGCGGAGAUCCAAAGACUGGCCGUUCGCUCGAUUUUCAGUUAUACUCGGCGAACGUAGCGCGAUAGAUCGUUCGUUGCGUCCCGGAUGUCUCGUAUGCAAAUACCGCGUCGACGUCUUUUAUAUCAGGGUGAACGCCGAUCGCUGUCGAAUUAUCACACGAGAACAGCCAAUUUCCGUCGUCACCAAAGUGAUUGUCGCGCGCACUAGGAUGCGCAACAUGAGAGCCCGGAUAGUUUUGCUAGGAGUUCUACUCAUCUGCACGAGCAUUCGAUAUGCAGAGAGUAGAUCGAAAAAGACGACGCAACUGUCGUUACAGAGCAAAGAGACCAACGUGGUGAACUUUAUGCGAUUGCUGGUGAUGAGAUUGGUCUUCGGAGUAGCUUCGGCGAUGGGAUUGGGUGAAAAUCUCUCGGGUGUACUCGGCGGAAUUUUCGUACCACCAGGAGCCGAUGACUACAAUGAUUAUAAUGAUUAUGGCGAUGAUGUCGGUUUCGUACCUGAUUUCUUUUAGAGUAGAUAUCUUCUAGUUUAAUCACACGCGCGUGCGUCUUUGACAACGUUAAUAGGGACGAUGCGUUUUGAAAAAUUUGUCCAUAUAUAACAAAGGCGACCUUUCAAAUCAUUAUCUCGCCAAAAUAGAUCGCUUCGAACAAUGAGUAAUAAUUUCUUUGCUAGCUUUGCGUCUUGGGAAGAUUGACUGACGAUGAGUCAAGCAGAACGAAAUAAAUAAGCAGAUACAUGAAAAUUGAUAGAGAAAAUAUGUAAGUAUAUUAUGUACAUUCUUCUGAAAAGAAUUCUAUAUUUUCUGAUUAUUUUCCUGCCAUCGGCAAGUUUUAUAAUGUGUUCUAAAUAAUCAAUAAAUUCUAGAUACAAAUAAGAAUUUCAGAAAAUGAUACAAAUUUAUGUAAUGCUCAACAAACUUUGUAAAUGAAGAAGCAUGGACUGCGAGAAAAUAUCAUUUAUCAAUCUUGUGACAAAAAAAUUAAAAAGGUUUUCUUUGUCUUUUUUUUUCAUAUUUCACAUUAUUUACUACACUAAAGUCAAAUAUCGGAAAAUUCAUAAAAUAUAAAUAGUUACUCGUGUGGCGCAAUAACUGGAUUAUGAUUCAGAGCCGUGAGUCCGUCGAUCUCGCGCGCGAGAGGCUUUUUAAGUCUUCCGUACCGUUAUCCGUAAUUUCGGUAAAGUUAAUGGAUCGCAUCGGUUGGUGCAGGUGAAGAUAUGGAUAGCACAAAUCACAAUUUCCGCUUUCCGUUUUAUCCCGUAUCGUACCUAUCAAUUUAGUUGAUUUUGAUCCAGUAAAAUUAACAUCUGCUAAUCGUGAUAAAAAUCUAUAUAAAAAUAAACUUGAUGUUCAUCUUUUGAAAAUGUUGUAAAAACUAGUUUCAAUUAUCUUGAUAAGGCAUUUUUAUUAGUUUAUUUCGCACCUUAUUGAAAUGGAUUAUGGAAUGUAGAAGUGUGAACUACUUUCAAAAUAAUAUAAUUAAUAAACAUAUGUGUGUAAUAUAAAAUAAAAUUUACACAAAAAAUUUACUACGAAAAAGUUUGCAUUUAUAAAAAAUAUUUUUUAUUUCAGUAAGUGUACGUGAAAUGGAAAACGCGGCGUUUAUUAUUAUUAACAAAAUUAAAAAAAAAAAAUUUAUUUAUUUAUUUUAUCUUUAAAUAAUAAUAUUUUUAAUUUCAUAUUGCAUGUCGGAGAAGAGAAAGUCCAUAUAUAACAAUCAUAUAUAAAUAUACAAUCAUAUAGAAUUAUAUACGAUUAUAUAUAAAUCUUUUUCUCGGGAUAUAUAUA